CGUAUCGAUUCGGCAACAGCACAGUCCUGUUUUGGGGGGCCCUACACGUUCUCCGGACGCCUCCGCCACCCGCAUUACGACGCGCGACGACGCCGAACGACGUCGACAACUACAACGCCGCUUCCAACCGCUCCGGCAUCCCGUUUUCGGUCCGGUGCGCUCUAAGAGUUUCCGUUUUAUUUUUAUUUUUUAUUUACACAAGUGCCAAAAGAAACUUAUUAUUAAACAAAAACGGUCGGAAACAACGACGACGUCUUUUUGUUUCAAAUUUAUCAUGAAUCAAAGGAAUUAGAAAAGAAAAGAUCGUUUUUUAAUUAGAUUUGAAUUAGUACUAAAAAAUGGAUUGUUGUAACUUUUUGCCAUAUAGACAUCAGUAUUAUGGUUCGCAAAGUUAUUACGACGCGUUUCCGUAUCCUCACGAGUAUUACGGGCAUAAUUACCAGGAUUAUUAUCAACCUUAUUAUCAUCAGCAGCAACAGUGGCAAUGUUCCAAUCAGUUUACAGAUUACGUUUACAAUCCAAAAGAAGCUCGAAUCAGGAAAGCAAUGAGAGAAGCUUCAAGGGAACGAGCCAUGGGGAUCACUUUACCUUCACCUAGAGGUGGAACACGGAGAGGAAACGUCGGGAAUAAUCCAUGGAACUUUUCGGGCGAAGAUCAAAUGAUGAUGGGUCCUCAUGGUGUUCGUAUGAUGAACUCUCCAAUGUGUACAUCCCCAGGAUUUAAUUCAAUGUCAAACACAUCAAAUGGUGGAGGAUUUAUGCCACCGAUUCAUUACACAAAACAUUUACACCCGAUGAGUCAUCAUUCCUCACAAAAUUUUGUGCAGAAUAAUUCUCCAAGAAUUCCACAACAACCUGAAAUUUGGCAUCCAUACGAAGAAAUGCGAAGUAACUCAACGGGCCCGUAUAUAAUUUCACCUCCUCAUCAAAUGCACGGAUACCAACAACACUUGGAAACAACGUUUCGAGCGAAACCGAAAACAGAAGUGGAUGUUUUUCCAAAUCAAGAACACCACCAUCAAACGAUUCCGAGUAAUUGUGAAAGACAAGAAAUUGAAAAAAUUACAAUGCGAGAACCGGUUUUUGAAAAUAAAUUGGAUAGUAUUCAACCGUUGGAAACGGAUGGAGGAGAAAAUGAAUCUUACGUAGGGUUUGGAGAAGGAAAUUUUGAAAAUAAAGAAGAAACCAAGCCGAAAAAGGUAAAUGGAACCUUAAAUUUAACCCUGCAACCUGCGCAUUCACAAAAACAUAGUAAUAACCAAUCACUUUUGAACUUACCUGAAGGUAGUGAAGCAGGAACGAUGGUUGGAAAUAAUUGUUGUAAUCACGCAUGUUGCUCUUCACAUUUGAACCAGAAUUUUUUUCAAAACGAUUAUAAUUUCAUAAAUCCCGCUGACGUUAACGAUAUAUUAUUAUUGGAAAAUUAUAAUCCAAAUUAUUCUAGUUAUCAAGAUGAAGGAGAAGUUCUUAAUUUAUGUAUUCGUUCGGACGAACAAGAAAAAUGAUUUA